AGUCAUACGAGCCACGCCCCUAAGUGUAGCGGUAAUUACGUGCGGUCACCGCAGGGGGCGCUCUCCGUUAUACCCAGGUCCGGCCGGAGAAUGUGGAGCUUAUCGCGGGGACCGCUGAGUGCCGGGGCCCGGGGCGGGCUGUGCUGGAGGUGGCUGCGGGGACUCAGCGGCUCUGCCCCGGGGCACAAGGAGGUCCGAGUUACCCCGCUAGAGGGGCGCAGUGCGGGUAUUGCGGAGAUCGUCAUGUGCAGGCCGCGUGCUCUGAACUCAUUGGGAAAACUCUUUGUUAACGAGCUUUUCCACUCUGUAGACCGUCUUCGCCAUGACGCAGGCGUGCGAGUGGUGGUGGUUCGGAGCGCUGUCCCGGGAGUGUUCUGUGCAGGCGCAGACCUCAAGGAGCGAGCCAAGAUGGACAAUUCUGAGGCGACUCUCUUUGUUCAGGAUCUGCGGAAGUUAAUGAGCGAGAUUGCGGCCCUACCGAUGCCCACAAUCGCUGCAAUAGACGGUUAUGCCCUGGGUGGCGGCCUGGAGCUAGCCCUGGCGUGUGAUCUCCGUGUUGCAGCAUCGUCCGCGAAGAUGGGUCUCGUAGAGACUACAAGAGGGCUACUGCCAGGAGCGGGAGGCUCCCAGCGGCUCCCGCGCCUGGUAGGUGUUGGUUUAGCUAAGGAACUUAUCUUCUCGGGGCGGCAGAUCGAGGGCACGCAGGCGUACAGAAUCGGGCUGGUGAAUGACGCUGUUCCACAAAAUGAGGCCGGAGACUCCGCCUACAAGCGGGCAUUGGAACUGGCUCACGAGAUCCUACCACAGGCUCCAAUCGCACUGAGAAUGGCCAAGCUGGCGGUGAACAAAGGAAUAGAGGUGGAUAUAGCGUCUGGGAUGGCCAUUGAGGGAAUAUGCUACGGGCAGGUCAUUCCCACCAAAGAUCGGCUAGAAGGAAUGGCGGCGUUCCAGGAGAAGCGUGCGGCUCAUUACACAGGAGAGUAGCAGCCGGAGCCGUCGGAGGCUGGUGCUGGAGUAGGAAGCGAGAGGGGUCUCCCCUGUGGCCAGUCACAGCAAUCCAAUUGUCUAUUCCAAUAACUCUAUGUAAUAGUGACGAUCAGGCCGCGUCAUGCAGAACCCAAUCCUAUUGUAUGCGCAGUGCAUUCUGAGUACCUGCAUUAUAACUUUAUCCAUUGUCUUGUAUACUACAGCGUCAGUACAGCAGAGCUUGCAGAGAGACCCGCCAGGUGCGCAGCGUUGUAUUGUAUACUACAGUGUCAGUAUAACAGCUUGCAGACAGAACCACCAGGUUGCACAGCGUUGUCUUGUAUACUAUAGCGUCAGUACAGCAGAGCUUGCAGAGAGACCCGCCAGGUGCGCAGCGUUGUAUUGUAUACUACAGUGUCAGUAUAACAGCUUGCUGAUAGACCCGCCAGGUGCGCAGUGUUGUCUUGUAUACUAUAGCGUCAGUACAGCAGAGCUUGCUGAUAGACCCGCCAGGUGCGCAGUGUUGUCUUGUAUACUACAGUGUCAGUAUAACAGCUUGCUGAUAGACCCGCCAGGUGCGCAGUGUUGUCUUGUAUACUACAGUGUCAGUAUAACAGCUUGCUGAUAGACCCGCCAGGUGCGCAGUGUUGUCUUGUAUACUACAGUGUCAGUAUAACAGCUUGCUGAUAGACCCGCCAGGUGCGCAGUGUUGUCUUGUAUACUACAGUGUCAGUAUAACAGCUUGCAGACAGACCCGCCAGGUGCGCAGUGUUGCAUUGUAUACUACAGCGUCGGUACAGCAGAGCUUGCAGACAGAACCACCAGGUGCGCAGCGUUGCAUUGUGUACUAUGGCGUCAGUACAGCAGAGCUUGCAGAUAGGUACUAUGCAGCAAGUGGAAGAUGCCAUGUAACAGUAUAAUAUACAUGCACCAUAUAAUAGUGUAAGGAGAGCAUUUGAGCGAUCACAAUAAAUCUUAUAUAUUCUG